GGUAUAGAAUGUAAUUAUUAUAAUUGGACCUGGGCGCGUUCGGAGUGAUCUACGUUCGCAAAUAGCGGUGCACAUAAUAUCGUAUAGGUACGUACUGAAUUCGUUAAUGUUUGCCAAUUGAUGUGAGUUGCAAUUAAUAUUUAAUACCUGUGUUGAUUUCGUAUACCUACAAUGCCAAAGUAUAAAUUAAGUCGCUCAUCUUAUAGACAUGCUCAAGUUAAAUCAAAUCAACAAAUUGUGCAACUUGAACAUACAGGUCUGUUAAAUAUUAGUAAUACCACCAAUGGUUUUAUCGACGAAACUUCCAUUGACAAAAACGUACUGCAGUUAGAUGAUUUUGAUUAUUCCUUUUUGUCCUCUUAUGUUGAAAAGGAAAACACUGAUGCUAAUUUUGUAACUAGCUGCGAUAAGAAUCCUAAAACGCCUAUCUGGAAUGAUCUCAGUAAUGGUAAUGAAUUAAAUUUUCGCACAAUACAUAAUAAAUCACUACCGCUUGAUCUUGAUCCAAGUAAAUUAGCUGAUUGGGCGAUCGAAAAUUCAAUCACACAUGCUGCAAUUAAUAGUUUGCUCAGUCUGCUUAAACCAUUUCAUUCUAAUUUACCAACAGAUGCCCGGACAUUGUUAAGUACACCCAGAAAAUUAAAGUUAGAUAUUAUAGAACCAGGGCAUUAUUAUCAUUUUGGGUUGAAUAUUGCUGUUACUAAAUUAAUUCAGAAAUAUGGUAAAAACUUAGAAUGUAUUAAAAUUUGUAUAAGCAUUGACGGUUUGCCUCUAUCAAAAAGUAGCAGUAAUCAGUUAUAUCCAAUUUUAUGCAAUCUGUAUGAAAAUCCACAGGUGGUUGAAACUGUAGGUUUGUAUCAGGGAUUUGACAAACCAAAAAAUGCCAAUUUGUUAUUAGAGAGGUUUAUUGGAGAGGCAGUGUCUUUAACACUGAAUGGUUUUCACUGUAAUGGUUACAUUAUUCCUUUUAAAAUCGUUGCUUUUAUUUGUGAUGCUCCAGCAAAAGCAUUUAUUUUAUUUACAAAGGGACAUACAGGUUAUAAUUCAUGCUCAAAGUGUCACAUUGAGGGGACUUUUAUAAAUAACCGUGUUUGCUUUCCUGAGGUUGAUAAUUUGAGACUCCGAACUGAUACUGAUUUUAGGGAAAAAGUAGACGAUGGUCAUCAUGUUGGAACAUCAUUAGUUGAAACAAUACCUAAUUUUGAUAUGGUAAAUGAUAUUGUCCUUGAUCCCAUGCACUUAAUUCAUUUGGGGGUAAUGAGGAAGUUAUUGAUAUUGUGGAUAGAAGGAAAGCCAGGCUCAAAACUGCCAUCCUUGAAAGUAAAAAUGAUUUCGGAUCAUUUAUUGUCACUGAAACACAACAUUCCAAUAGAAUUUAACAGAAAACCUAGGUCACUUAGUGAUAUUAAGCGGUUUAAAGCUACGGAAUUUCGGCAGAUUUUAUUUUACACAGGACCUCUUAUUUUAAAAUCAGUUCUGUCUUUUGAUAUGUAUUUGAAUUUUCUUUCAUUACAUGCGGCAACAACAAUUUUAUCGAAUUCUACUUUGAUAUGUGAAUUAGGAGAUUAUGCAGACUCUUUAUUUAAAUAUUUUAUUACUACAUUUGGGGUUUUAUAUGGAAAAGAUCAGAUAUCUCAUAAUAUCCAUAAUUUAAUUCAUAUUUCUAAAGAUGCAAAACAAUUUGGUAUCUUGGAACAAUUUUCUGCUUAUCCCUUUGAAAACUAUUUACAGAGGUUUAAGACAUUAAUCCGAAAAGGUGACAAACCCUUACCCCAAAUUAUAAAAAGAAUAAUGGAACAGCACUCUAGUCAACACACUUCUACACAACUUUUUGAAAAAUUUCCCGUUCCUAAAAAUCCUCAUUUCGAUGGGCCAUUACUGAAUUUUGAGUAUUUAGAGCAAUACAAGCAAAUUAAUUUUAAUAAUUUUAUAUUGAAGUUGUCUGAAGCAGAUAGUUGCUGUUGCUUACAUGACAAAACCGUGGUACUAAUUAAAAAUUUUGUGAAAACUGCUGAAAAUUUGUUUAUUAUUGGACAAAAAUUUGAACAAAUUGAAGAUUAUUAUACAGAACCAUGUAAAUCAUCAAUUUUAGAUAUAUUUCUUGUAAGUCGGAUUGGAGCUUUAUGUUCUUGGAACGUAAAUCAAAUCGCCUUUAAAUGUGUGAAAUUCCCAUUUGGUAAUAAAUUUGUAGUAUUUCCCUUGUUACAUUCUGCAACUACCAAAUAAAAUACCUUAUUUUGGUUUGUGAAUACAACGUAAUUGGAUGAACAUGUAAAUUAUGUUUAAUUUUAAUUUUCACGCUUUUAGUGGAAAGUGUCUCUUAUUUUCAUUCUCUUCAUUUAGAAAGAAGAUAUUUUCAAAUUAUGUAUUACAAUGCAUGAUACUAAUGCGUUAGUCAAGAAGAGGCACUUCCCACUACAAUCUGAUUUUUAUCACUUUCAUUUAUUUUUUCUAACUGAUAUUUUUCUAUGCAUCUAUCUAUGCAUAAAAAGCAUGCCACACAAUGGGAAUCUCACCUGGUCUGUCAUCAAAUUCCCAGAAGAAAAUUCUGUAUCCGUGGUACCAACCUCGUGGCUACAUGGCAAUAUAUGCUUCUGGCCGCCGUAUAAUAGAAAACUGUUGCAAGACGCAAUUGAGAAAGGGGACCCUCCCGAUAAAGAAGUUUGGCAGCAGUUUCAAUUUUUACCCUUAAGGAAUAAUAUAUUUGAAGCUGAACGUAAAUCACGCAAAGCAACAAUAACUUCAGAUUUGGAUUCACAAAUGGAAGAUCAUCCUGAGCACAUAACAAGUAAAAGAAAAAGGAAAAUACGAAAAAUGUCAAGUAGCGAUAAUGAUUCUUCGGGAGAUGACGAAGAUAUGAGGCGUAAACUCCCAAAACCUCCCCAGCCAAAUUUACAUAAACAAAGCGUCUUUUCGCAACAUUCAUCAAAUCAAGUACUUCAAACAUUUACUGAUUCAGAAGAGUUUGGGAAUAAUGACAUCACUGAUGCUGUGAAUACGUCUUUCCCAGAGGGCUUUCGAGACGUGAGACCGCUUUCGAGUAAUAGUAAUAAUAACGGUUAUUCCACUACCAUCACAUCCAAGUCUACGCAAGUUGAUAAGAAUAAUGUUGGUGAUAUCACAGAAUAUCUAAAAAUGAUUUUGCGGAAACAGAACAUAUUGCAAUGUAUGGUCGCUGAUAUGAACACAAAGCUUCAAAAUAUUGAAAAUUCUAUCCAGAGCAAUAAACAAGCAGAUGACAAAAAUGAAUCUGACUACGACUCUUCACUUUUUGUAUUGAUUGAAAAUUUGCCAAUCAAUUCCAAUGAGACUCUCAAAGAAGUUGAAGAUUUCUUAUCUGAUGAAAAAAAAUUGAAUGACGCAGUAAGGGAAAUUUCCAAACUGGGAGGCAACACUGCAUAUGAAUUUAUACUUAGAGUGACAAAAAAAUUAAUAACAGACAGAUUCGCUGGCAAUGAAUUUAGUUUCUUGGGAAGGAAAAAAAAAAAACGAUUCAUAGAUUUGAAAUUGGCAUUGCUGUUAAAAA